GGCGCGGCGGUGGCGGGGCCGUGGGGCGGCGGCGGGCUUACAAUGUCACUACCAGCAAAGAGAUGUGGAAGGCCCCCAGUGUUGUCUUUUCUGGAAAAGAAGAAGAGAAAGCAAAGUCUUGAUAGAAGAAGGGGGAAAACAAGGAUUUAUGUGGGAAAUCAUAUCGACCGAUGGUUGACGCUUAAGGAAAAGUUGGAUUUCAGAAAUGAUGCAGAAGUUGCAGGGUUUUUACUGGACUUGUAUGACAGCUGUGACCCAUUGUCAAAAGCUCCGAUCUGUUCCCUCCCUCAGGGUGUGAGAAGAAUUACUGUGAAAGAAGAACGAGCAUUGUCAGGCAGCACUUCUUUAAUAGCAGCUGAUGGAACGUAUGACAAUGAAGACCGGUUGUCUAAAGAAUCUGCUUGUUGUGAACUAGGAGAUGUGAGAAUUGUAACUGUGAAAGAAGAGAGAGAGAUGCCACAUGACUGCUUGUCAACAGAGACAGAUGACACCUGUACUUUCAGGUUUCCCAGCACAAACAUCAAGAUAACAUUCACAGCUCUGUCCAAUGAAAAGAGAGAAAAACAGGAGGCCCCGGAGUCCCCAGUGAAGCCUGUGCAACCCCAGAUCUCUCCCUUAACAAUAAACAUUCCAGACAACAUGGCUCACCUGAUCAGCCCUCUCCCUUCUCCCACAGGAACUAUCAGUGCUGCAAAUUCCUGCCCAUCUAGCCCCCGUGGUGCAGGCUCUUCAGGGUACAAAAUGAGUCGUGUAAUACCAUCUGACCUACAUUUAAUGGCUGAUAAUUCACAGUCAGAAAAUGACAAGGAAGCAUCGGGUGGAGAUAGCCCAAAGGACGACUCUAAGCCACCUUACUCCUAUGCACAGUUAAUAGUACAAGCAAUUACAAUGGCACCUGAUAAGCAGCUUACACUAAAUGGAAUUUAUACGCACAUAACUAAAAAUUAUCCAUACUACAGGACAGCGGACAAGGGCUGGCAGAAUUCAAUACGUCACAAUCUCUCUCUGAAUCGUUAUUUCAUCAAAGUACCACGUUCCCAGGAAGAACCAGGCAAAGGCUCAUUCUGGAGGAUAGACCCUGCCUCUGAAAGCAAAUUAAUAGAGCAGGCUUUUAGGAAAAGGCGGCCUAGGGGAGUACCUUGCUUUAGAACCCCUCUGGGACCACUCUCUUCUAGAAGUGCCCCAGCUUCUCCUAAUCACUCUGGAGUGUUGUCUGCGCACUCCAGUGGAGUCCAGACCCCCGAGAGUCUGUCCAGGGAAGGAUCUCCAGUCCCAAUGGAACCUGAGCCUAGUGCUAUCCAGCCAAAACUAGCAGUAAUACAAGAAGCACGAUUUGCACAGAGUGCCCCAGGAUCACCUCUAUCUAGCCAACCAGUUUUAAUUACUGUACAACGGCAGCUACCACAAACUAUUAAACCCGUCACCUACACUGUUGCAACUCCUGUGACAACAUCGACAUCCCAGCAGCCUGUAGUUCAGACAGUUCAUGUUGUCCACCAGAUACCAGCUGUGUCUGUCACAAAUGUGACUGGAUUAGCACCAGCAAACACUUACACUGUAGCUGGACAGGCAGUAGUCACGCAAGCUGCGAUGGUAACCCAGCCCAAGGUGGAACCUCAAGAGAAUGGAGACCACAAGGAAGUGAAAGUUAAAGUGGAGCCUAUACCUGCUAUUAGUCAUGCUACAAUAGGAGCUGCUAGUCGUAUCAUUCAGACAUCUCAGACCGCACCCUUACAGACAGUUACUAUAGUGCAACAGGCACCUCUAGGUCAACACCAGCUACCAAUAAAAACUGUAACGCAGAACGGAACGCACAUAGUACCUAUCACCACUGCGAUACAAGGACAGGGCAACGCUGCUGCUGCGAGUCCUUUGCAUAUGUUAGCAACCCAUGCAUCCGCAUCGGCCUCUCUUCCAACAAAGCGCCAGAACGGAGACCAGUCAGAACAGCAGGAACUCAAACGUAUCAAAACAGAAGAUGGCGAGAGCAUAGUCAUAGCUGUUAACGUGGACACCCCGUCUGUGGCAGUGAGUGAUAAAGGCAGCCAGAACUAGAAACUUAGGGGAGUUUUCUUUUUUUUUUUAAAAAUAAACUCCAUGGUGCCAAAAGGAGACACUUAAAUAUAACACCUAAAAUGUUGGAACAUGUUCUCACGCAGUGGGGAAAGGGGCCCUGUGAUCAGACUUCAACUUUCAGCACUGAAAAAAACCCAACACAGGUGGCCUUAAAACUUGGUAAUUUAAAGUCAAACUGCAAAACAUCUUGUUCCAGAGGCUGUGACCCCCGCUCCUCCCUGCCCCCGACCGAACUGUGUACACUGAGAAAUACAGUGUUGGGGAGGGCUGCAGCUUUAAAAAAAUCUUUAUCAGAUUAUUUUAAGGACUGAGUAUCUCAGUGUAACGGCAGCAUGAUAAGCGCUUAGUGUGAACUGGUUUCAAACGAUUGUAUAUUCCUUAAAGGGAACAGAGGCAAGGAGCCAUUUCCUACAUCUUGGCAGCUAGCCUUUCAUAAUGACCUACCCGAUGCGGUUGUUGGUAGAUAUGCAGUAUUUUGUUGUUCACAUGUGGAAUUAGAAAUUUUUGAGGUGUAUUUUCAUUUCUUUGCAAAAUAAUGGGGUCUUUGACAUUUCAAAUCACUCCAUUUCUACUCCGGAAACUUUGGAAUCACACAAUACUUUUCAUGUGAAAUUUUGUUUGGUAAAAAACUGAAUGUAGGGUUUUUUUAACCAAUGGAAUGAUUUACUUUUGUCUGUCCUGUUAAAGUUCAGAUAAAGCUACUUUAUUACAUCUGCAAAUUUUCAUAUUUUAGCAGUUGCCUGAUAAAUUUAAUCAAAUUUUAUUACCAUGUGUAGUGAUCAAAUGCUUCUUUGGGCUUGCAUGUAACUGAUUAGAAAUUACAAUGUAAAUGAGCCGUUAACUGACGUAAAGAACUGCUAUGAAUUUGACCAGAGCUGCACUUACCUGUUUCUCUUUCUGCUACCUUUUGCUGUUUGUUACUUUGUGUUGACUUUGACUGUCCCUGGCAUAUUUUUCCAGUCUAAAGUAAAACAAGAGUCUCGCUUAA